GAGGCCGUUUGCAGACCGUUAUAGUCCUUCAGCACCUCCUUGGCCCGAGGGCCCCUCGCCUGCGUCUCCCUGCGCGCGGCUGCCCACCUGGCGACGUGACGCUGCACCAAUCCCCUUGCAGCGCCCGCCGGCCCCUCGCCUCGCACCGCCCCCCUCCCCACCCUGAAAGAGGCGCACCCUGCCGGGGCAGACGCUGCGCGCUCGCUGCCGAGCACCCCUUCGGCUUGCUCCGUCGCGAGGACCAGCGCUACCAACUCUUCCUCUAGCCUUAGCCAAACUUGCUUUCCCGCCUCUCGAACUCCGGCUUUCCCUCCACUCCGGGCUCUUUUCCCUCCACUUUUUCCUCCCUCCUUGAGCCAGCACCACCAACCCCUCUCCCUUCCACUCCUCUCGCCCGCCCUCUCCCUCUCCCUCCCCCCCCUUUCCCCGCCACAACUCCUCCGUCCACGUCCCCCGCGGACUCUCCCCGAGCGCGCCCAACUUGGUCGCCCGCUCCUAUUCCUCUCGAAGCCAUGGCAGGACCUGGAGGCUGGAGAGACAAGGAGGUCACUGAUCUGGGGCACUUGCCGGAUCCAACCGGAAUAUUCUCGCUGGACAAAACCAUUGGCCUUGGGACUUAUGGCAGAAUCUAUUUGGGACUUCAUGAGAAGACUGGUGUAUUUACAGCUGUUAAAGUGAUGAACGCUCGUAAGACUCCUCUACCUGAAAUAGGAAAACGAGUGAGAGUGAAUAAAUACCAGAAGUCUGUUGGGUGGAGAUACAGCGAUGAAGAAGAGGACCUCAGGACUGAGCUCAACCUUCUGAGGAAGUACUCUUUUCACAAAAACAUUGUGUCCUUCUAUGGUGCGUUUUUCAAGCUGAGUCCACCUGGCCAGAGACAUCAACUUUGGAUGGUGAUGGAGUUCUGUGCAGCAGGCUCAGUCACUGAUGUAGUGAGGAUGACCAGAAAUCAGAGUUUAAAAGAAGAUUGGAUUGCUUAUAUCUGCCGAGAAAUCCUUCAGGGACUAGCUCACCUUCAUGCUCACCGAGUCAUCCACCGGGACAUCAAAGGUCAGAAUGUGCUCCUGACUCAUACUGCUGAAGUAAAACUGGUGGAUUUUGGAGUGAGUGCCCAGGUGAGCAGAACCAAUGGAAGAAGAAACAGCUUCAUUGGGACACCAUACUGGAUGGCACCCGAAGUGAUUAACUGUGACGAGGACCCAAGACGCUCCUAUGAUUACCGAAGUGAUGUGUGGUCUGUGGGAAUCACUGCAAUUGAAAUGGCUGAAGGGGCUCCUCCUCUGUGUAACCUUCAGCCCUUGGAAGCUCUUUUUGUCAUUUUGCGGGAGAAUGCUCCUACAGUCAAAUCCAGUGGAUGGUCUCGCAAGUUCCACAAUUUCAUGGAAAAAUGCAUGAUAAAAAACUUCCUCUUUCGUCCUACUUCUGCAAACAUGCUUCAGCACCCAUUUGUUCAGAAUAUCAAAAAUGAACGACACGUUGUUGAGUCGUUAACGAAGCAUCUUACAGGAAUCAUUAAAAAAAGACAGAAAAAAGGAAUCCCUCUGGUCUUUGAAAGACAAGAACCUAUUAAGGAACAACAUCACACCAUGAAAAGAUUCAGGGGAUCUUCCUGCACUCAUGAGCUUCUGAGAUUGCCAACCAGCAGCAGAUGCAGGCCCCUCCGUAUCCUACGUGGAGAACCCUCUCAGCCCAGAUGGCUGCCUGAUGAUGAGCCACAGAUGCAAGCACUUCAGCAGCUGCAGGGGGAAGCCAGGGGAGACUUGCCACCACAGGCUGAGGACAAUAUCCCAAGGCCUCUACAGAAGCCAGCCAAGGCACCUAAGCGCCUACAUGUGGCAGCUCAGGUGUUCAUGCCAUUACAUGCUCAGGGUAAGCUAAAGGCAGCUAGGCCUCUACAGCUGCACAUCAUGGCACCCCCACGACUGCAGCGGGCAGCUCGGGUGCUCAUGCCACUUCCACCUCACGCUAAGAUGCCUAGGCGUCUACCAGUACAGGCUCCAUUGCCCAAAAAAGAGCAGCAAGUUCCAGAGCAGGCCCAACUAUCAAAAGAGCCAAAAGAUCUAGACCAGGUGCCAGAGGAAUUUCAGGGGCAAGAACAAGUCCCCGAGCAACAGCAGGGACAAGGCCAGGCUGCUGAACAACAGCAGAUGCAGAACCAGCCUGAUGAGCAGCUGCAGCAGAACCAGGCUCCAGAACAGGCAGAGAUACAGGAAGAGGCAGCAGAGCCUGUGCAGGCAGAGCCUGAGGCAGAGGAAGCUGAAUUGAUCCGAGUGAAUGCCCAAGUGGUUCUGCCCCUACUCUCGCAGAACCACCAUGUGCUGCUGCCCCUGCAUUUAGAUACUCAGCUGCUCAUCCCAGUGCAGAAGCAGGAAGAAGAGGCAUCUCAGGCACAGGCCUGGGCACUCGAGACCCCGCAAGCUGUUGGCUCCAUCCAGGCACUGAUAGAGGGGUUGUCGAGAGACUUGCUCCAAGCACUCAACUCGUACAACUCCAAGCCACUUGGGCCACUGCAGAUCCUAAUGGAAAACCUGUCGACAAACGUAUUCUACUCUCAGCCAGAACAGGCACGCAAGAAAAAAUCCAGGGUUUCUAGUCUAAGGCAGGCACUGGCAAAAAGACUGUCACCAAAGAGGUUCAGGGCUAAGGCAUCCAGGAAACCUGAAGAGUUUGAGCUCUCGGAUUUAGAAACCGGCAGACGAAGGCGCCAACGCAGAUGGGAGGACAUCUUCAAUCAGCACGAGGAAGAACUGAGACAAGUUGAAAACGACAAAGAAGAUGAAUCAUCAGACAAUGAUGAAGUAUUUCAUUCAAUUCAGGCUGAAGUUCAAGUAGAACCAUUACAGCCAGAUGUUCCAGAUCCUAGAGAUAAUGAGGUCCAAGAGAGACCUGUGGCUGGGCCUUGCCACCAGGAUCGUGCACACCGUGUCAAGUUCUCUUCCAGUGUGCUUCAGCUGUCUCUUGAGGAAGAAGCUCGGAAGCAAGUUGAAAGCAGAGGAGGGAGUGCACAAAACCCUCAGAAUUGCCAAGCAGCAGCAUCAGAAUCUUCUUCUGAGGAAGAGAGUCCUGUGACCGGGAGGAGAUCCCAGUCAUCCCCACCUUAUUCUACCAUUGAUCAAAAAUUGCUGAUUGAUGUUCAUGUUCCGGAUGGAUUUAAAGUAGGAAAAAUCUCACCUCCAGUGUACUUGACAAAUGAAUGGGUGGGCUACAAUGCACUCUCUGAAAUCUUCCGGAAUGAUUGGUUAAUCCCUGCACCUGCCAUCCAGCCACCUGAAGAGGAUGGUGAUUAUGUUGAACUCUAUGACGCUGCUGCUGGUGCGGAUGGUGAUUAUGAUGCUUAUGAAGAUUCUUAUGGCCAUGCCAGUGGCAGAGAUAGUGAUCAGGAUAAUGAUGCUCAUAUUUGGCCAAGGGAAAGCUAUGGAAGAGAUGUAUGCAGUGAAGAAGAUGGUUAUGAUGGAAAUGAAGGAGCUGUCCGUGGCUGUGGAACCCGUAGAGCCAAUAGAAGCCGUGGAGCAAGUGCAUUCUGUGAGGGGUUCGAUGGCGAAAAUGAGGCUGCCUGUGCCAUUGCCUCGGGUGCUGCACUCUCAGAGCUUGAUGAUGAGGAUGAGAAUAAGGACAUAUACGAAUCAUCGACACUGUCCGGAUUUUCUGCCAGCCCUUCGUCUGCUUCUAGAGGUUCUGAAGGAUCUGUUGAUACUGAUUUUGCCAGUUCCAUUUUGUAUGCUGGCUUUGUAGAAGUUCCGGAGGAAACACCUAAGCGACCCUCUGAAGUCAAUGUCAACCCACGCUAUGUCUCCUCUGCAAGUAAAAAACCACUAAUCCAUGUGUAUGAGAAGGAAUUCACCUCUGAGAUCUGCUGUGGUUCUCUGUGGGGAGUCAAUUUGCUGCUGGGAACCAGAUCUAGUCUGUAUCUGAUGGACAGGAGUGGAAAAGCAGAGAUAAUGAAACUUAUAAAACGAAGACCUUUUCGCCAGAUUCAAGUCGUGGAGCCACUCAAUUUGCUGAUUACCAUCUCUGGUCGUAAGAACAGACUUCGGGUGUAUCAUUUGACCUGGCUGAGAAACAAGAUUUUGAAUAAUGAUCCAGAAAGUAAAAAAAGACAGGAGGACAUGCUGAAGACUGAGGAGGCCUGCAAAGCCAUUGAUAAGUUGACAGGCUGUGAGCACUUCAGUGUCCUCCAACAUGAAGAAACAACAUACAUUGCAAUUGCUUUGAAAUCAUCAAUUCAUCUUUAUGCGUGGGCACCAAAGUCCUUUGAUGAAAGCACUGCUAUUAAAGUAUGCAUUGAUCAAUCAGCAGACUCCGAAGGAGACUACAUGUCCUAUGAAGCAUAUAUACGAAUACUGGCAAAAAUACAGGCAGCUGAUCCAGCGAACCGGUUUAAGAGACCAGAUGAGCUCCUUCAUUUGCUGAAGCUCAAGGUAUUUCCAACAUCUGGUCUUAAGCCAGUGACAGUUGACUUGGCUGUUGGAUCUGAGAAAAAAUUGAAGAUUUUCUUCAGCUCAGCAAAUGGCUAUCAUAUCAUUGAUGCAGAAUCUGAGGUUAUGUCUGAUGUGAACCUGCCCAAUAAUAAUAUCAUCAUUUUGCCUAACUGCUUGGGGAUUGGCGUGAUGCUCACCUUCAAUGCUGAAACACUCUCCAUGGAAGCCAAUGAACAGCUCUUCAAGAAGAUUCUUGAAGUGUGGAAAGACAUCCCGUCCUCUGUAGCUUAUGAAUGUACACAGAGAACCACGGGAUGGGGUCAAAGGGCCAUUGAAGCCCGCUCUUUGCAGCCAAAGAUUCUGGAAAAUGAGCUGAAGCGCAGGUCAAUUAAGAAGCUGAGAUUUCUCUGUACCCGAGGUGACAAGCUGUUCUUUACCUCUACCCUGCGGAAUCGCCACAGCCGGGUUUACUUCAUGACCCUUGGAAAACUUGAAGAACUUCAAAAUGAUUAUGGUGUUUAAGAAGUUUCAAUGAUUGAUUACACCAUUUACAAACAACAUGUAUGGGCAACUUGCAUCUUCAGAUUUAUGAGAUUAAAUGAGCAUUCAGUUUUAUUGCUAGAGAAAAAUUAAUCAGAAACUUACUUUUAACGUAGCACAGAAUAGUUUUAACAAGAAAUGCAGCUUUAUAUAUAAAAUUAACUAUAGCAAGCUCUGUGUACUCCAAUGGUGUACAAUAACUUUUGCACAAACUUUGUAACUUUUGUUACUGUGAAUUCAAUCAUUACUUUUAGGACACUUUGGACAGUAUCCACAUGCAGAUUUUUAUAACAUGGAAUAAAGAGACUUGUUAUGAAUUAGAUUACAAACAGCUUUCAAAAAAUUUGGCCCAAAGAUUUUCCAGAAAAAAAGCAUGAACAAACUAAUUUUUUUUCCGAAAUUACAUAAACAAAGGUUGAAUCAUGAAAAUGAAAUCAUAAGGACUAUAGUAUAGCCGAGACUAAGGUUAAAUAACCUGCUUGCCCAGAGAAAACAACAGGGAUUAAAGGGGAAAAGCCACCCAUCUCCUUACAGUGAGGCUGACAAUUGUGGUUUUGUUUUUGUUUUUG